CGCGUCUGCGGGAACAUAUCAUCCAGAGAGGGCGAGAGGAGGAGAGGGGCGUGGCCGCCGAGACUUCUGACUCUGGGAUGCUGAUAGCUUAGCAACAGCGAGCAGGAAGGAGGAGGCGGGAGACAAUGGCGGGUUACUGGGCAGGAUGCUGCAGCUUUGUCUGAGGAGGAGCUGCUCUGUCUCUGAGGCACCACUGGCCAUUCAGAGGAUGUAUGUCCCCAAAUCUUUACGGCUGCUUCCACAGACAGUGAUCGACAAACUUCCUUACGUUUACGUGAGGGGGGCCAAAUCCGGCCCCUGGAGUCCCUUCAUGUGGGGAGGGAAACCUGAAGGUUGAUGUAGAGCGCUGUGUUUAUCCACCUCCACUUUCAUGUUUCCUAUUCGUGUUUAGUGUUUGUUUACUCUCCUAUCAGCCACUCCAGUUCCCUUGGCAGUUGCCUCUUCUUCCUCGCUGUUCACUACUCACGACAGUGAGGUACUGACGGAGCUCUUAUGUCUGCGACGCCCUCUGGUGUCCCAGCGGUUUCCCAGGUGCAACGCGUGAUUCCCAGCAUGGCGGCCCAGGAGCCGUCCCCCCCGUCGUCCAUGGAGAGCAACAAGCCCGGAUACAACAAGAAGAUUCUGGGCAACAAGCUGGAGGACAAACAUCUGUGCAACUGCUGCCACAACAUCCUCAGGCGACCCGUCCAGGCCCAGUGUGGACACCGGUUCUGCUCCUACUGCUUCAACCGCACCGUCAGUAACGGACCUCAGAAAUGCGGCGCCUGCAUCAAGGAGGACAUUUUUGAAGAGCCCACGUCCAUCCUGAAGCAAGGCUGUGCCUUCCCCGACAACGCCGUGAGGAGAGAAGUGGAGAGUCUCUCGGCCGCCUGCGUCAACGAGAGCUGCUCGUGGACGGGAAGCAUCAAGGAGUUCGAGCAAACCCACGAAGGCAAGUGCGAGUUCUUGAUCAUCCCGUGCCCGUCCUGCAAGGAGCGGAUCCGCUUCAGCGAGCAGGAGCGCCACAAUGAGCGCGAGUGCCCGGAGAGGACGCUGAACUGCAAGUACUGCAAGGAGCCGUUCCACUUCAAGAACAUCAAGGCGCAUGACGAGAUCUGCCCCAAGUACCCCAUGAUCUGUGAGGGCUGCGCCAAGAAGAAGAUCCCAAGAGAGAAGUACGUGGACCACAUCAAAUUCUGCAGCAAGUUCAGGACGCCGUGUCGCUUCCACGUGGUCGGCUGUGACAUGUCUGUGGAGAAGGAGAAGAUCCACGACCACGAGCGCGCCUUCGCCUACGAGCACCUGAACCUCCUGCUGCACUACAUUAUGGGCAUGAAGGUGAGCAUGGAGGGUCUGCAGCCGCAGGGUCUGGAGGUCGCUGGGCACAAGCUGGUGGAGCUGCAGCAGUCGCUCCGGGAGCUGGAGGCCCGAGUGUCCCAGCUCAGCUCCUCCUCCUCCUCCUGCGGGCCUCCCGUGCAGGGAGCCUCCACCUCCUCCUCCUCUUCGUCAAAUCCAGGAGCUCCAGGGCCUCCCGCCUCGGCCCCUCUCCCGCCGCCGCCCGCUCUGGCGCCGACGCUCUCCGUGUCCACCUCCUUCACCCCUCUGCCCAGCUCUGUGGGGGCAGCGCUGGAGCUGCAGCUCCACAGCGAAAAGACCAAGGUGGCGGAGCUGGGCCGCAGGUGCACCGAGCUGGAGGUGAAGUCAGGGACCUUCGAGAACGUGGUGUGCGUGCUGAACAGAGAGGUGGAGCGCUUUGCCACCACCAUGGAGGCCAGCAACCGCCAGCACAAGCUGGACCAGGACAAGAUCGAGGCACUGAGCAACAAGGUGCGGCAGCUGGAGAGGACGGUGGGGCUGAAGGACCUGACGGUGGCCGAGAUGGAGGGUCGACUCCGAGAGAUGUCGGCCACCACGUUCGACGGCGUCUUUGUCUGGAGGAUUUCUGACUUUGCCAAAAAGAGGCAGGACGCCAUCGCGGGGCGAGCUCCAGCCAUGUUCUCCCCAGCCUUCUACACCAGUAAAUACGGCUACAAGAUGUGUCUGCGAAUCUACCUGAACGGCGAUGGCACGGGGCGCGGCAGCCACCUGUCGCUGUUCUUCGUUGUGAUGAGAGGACUCAGCGAUGCCUUGCUCAAGUGGCCCUUCAACCAAAAGGUGACACUGAUGCUGCUGGACCAGAGCAACCGGGAGCACAUCAUUGACGCCUUCCGCCCCGACGUCACCUCCUCGUCCUUCCAGAGGCCGGUCAGCGAGAUGAACAUUGCCAGCGGCUGCCCUCUCUUCUGCCCGCUCUCCAAACUCGAUGCCAAAAACUCGUACAUACGAGACGACACCAUCUUCAUCAAGGCCAUCGUGGAUCUCACAGGCCUCUAGAGAAGUGAAGUGGUCUUCCUCCAGUGAUGGGAGAAUGUCGGUCUCUUUAAGAGUGUCGCGGGGGAGUGCUGCCGAUGUGGUACUGGCGGUCUGCUGGUGGCGGUCAUCGCCAUUCGGUGCUAAAUGAUUGUAGGCAAAUGACUCGCACCACGGUUCCCAAACACACAUCCGUCUCUGAGGUGCGGCCUCCAGCGGAGGCGUGCGUCGACAGUCCGAGCUGAGUUUCGGAGGACCGUACUGGAGUGUAGAUAGCUAGCAAGAGUCUUGACACGUACGAAGGAAGCCGGCAGUAGACUUAUGGUAAACGGCGACUCGAGACUUUCCCGCUUUGUUUCCUGCAGAUUGUGGAUAUUGUGAGCUUCUCGAUUCCAGUGGAGUGAAUUUUGCAUAGACAAACGUGGAGUUCUGUUCCGAAUAAGAUUAUAGGCGUUUCAUUUGCGCAUGCUGCUAGUCUGUUCUGGCCGAGCUUCACGAAGGGUCUGUUGUUAGUCGUAGUGAGUUAGCCAUCCGUGAUGGUGGACAUUGCCUGCAUGUGUAUUUUGGAACCAGGCUAUUAUUCUACGUGUCAAGUGCCGUGUGUUCGUUCCCAUUUGGGUCGGUGGUUCUGAUCGGUGGUUUGGUACAUCUGUGGAAGAUAACAGUGGAGUUACCGGGCAGCCUGCCAGUCAAGCCUGAGGGCCAAGCCUCCACAUGUGGUCUCUGACCAGCGCAUGCGGAGCGUCCGUCAGCGUUUGCUCUCCAGCUCACAUCUCAACACAUAGUACCGUGCCCACCGCAGGUUCACCGCCGCAGUAGACUGAAUGUUCUCGUGUUGUGAUUCUGCUGCUCCGCCCCGAGUCCCCGCCCCCUGUGUCCGUGUCGCAGAGGAGGUAGACGUGCGACGAGGAGAGAUUAGUCCUCGACCUUUUCGGAAAGUGGACGGUGAUAUUCUGAAGAGUCAUUGUUUACAUUGUUGACAUAUCGCUACAUUUACGUGGACAGCAGGUUUCCAAUGAGAGUUAUGGAAGAGUGACGAAACAUUUAAUGGCGCGGUUGUUUUUUUUGUUUAGCUAGCUAUGCUAUCCCCCUCUCGUUGGAAAAACCUCGAUUACUGAAGAAAAAAAAUGUUGGUCAUUGGGAACAAAAAGCAAAAUAGGCUCUUCAAACUUGAUCGACCCUUCUGUCAGACAGAUGAACAUUCGCCAUUCGUCUCUUGGCUGUUAACAAUCAGUAAAGAUAACCAGACAAACUGCGAUAGUGGACCUUCAGGUUCCAAUGACUACGAGAGGGGGAAAGCAACAAUUGUCGAAAACACCAAAGUGAAAGAAAAAAAUGACUUACGUGAAGACAAACUCCAUUCCUCGUCACCAUUCUGAAGAGAUCUGAACAUUUUCUGUAACGUGGUCCGACGAGCGUUGUGACUGGUUCUCUGCUGUCCACGCAACUCUUCCCUCUGUUUUUUAGCGCUCGCCAAUUUUUACCACAAUCCUCCACUAGCGAUCGCUACACACUUAGCAUCUUAGCAUGCAUGCUGAGGUGUCGGCGGUUCCCACUGGCCCGUUGGCGAAACGGUCCGGACCUGUAUUGGACCCUCUCUGUGCAUGGGAGGCUUCAAUCCAAACCCUGGAGAGCGACGGCGUCUGGUUCCCUCUGGGCCGCCUCCGGCGCUUUAUUAGUUUGGGUGUAACUCGCUAGAAUAUUAUUAUUAUUAUUAUUAUAUAUCUGGCACUAGCUCUGCUUGCUGCCUAGUUUCAUAACAACUUAUUCAUAUGACUCUUUGAUAUGAUAAUGAAGUAUUCUAUAUAAUGCGCUAGUAGAGCUAUAUAAUAAGCGAUAGUAUUUCACGAUACCUAAAUACUUUGAUACCCUAAUUCCGGAUUUCCGUUAGUCCGAAGGUUUGGGCCGGCCAGAGGAAGCUGACCGCCAUCAUUCGUGCAAUAUCAGAUUCUUUUCACAGUCUUAAACAGACCGGACUCCUCCGGCCCGAAGCUACUUCAGAGUUUUUAUCGAAAAAUAAAAGAACCCGAAAAAUGAAGCAUGAGUUUUCGUAGAAACGCACGAAAGUCUUUGUGCCAAACGUUACCUCCGUAUUUUGUUGUGCAAGAAAAAAGUUGCCAAAUAUGUUUGAUGUCCUGCUGCUGUUUGUAAAUGUGGAGUUAAGUGAGAGGCUGCAGUCGAUCGGAGCACUCUGUCCGGUCUGGUCCUGGCUCACUCAGGAGCUCUGCCGUCCGUAGGAGGCUCGGAGAAGAGCACGUCAUUCCUGGAGCUUCAGGUGAAACCGACACAAGACCUGGGAAUGUUCCCUUUGUGAUUUCUCUAGAGUUUCAGAACAUUCUGUUGCAAAUCUAAAAUGCUAGGUUCUGGAGCGCUAGCUCGUCGCUAUAAAGUCGCUGGUGUCAUUCGCAGCUAAUUCCAGUCACAGGUUUUGUGUUUUAAAAAAGUGAAUCGCGACAAAAGCUUUGCUCUUCAGUUCUUCUUCAGCACUGCUCUUCUAAAAAAACGCAAGUCCCAUGACUCCUUUUCAUGAAAAGUUUUCCUAAUCGGUUCACCAUGCGAUACUCCCGCUGCCUGACUCGCGAAGCUAAUGCCGUUUAUCGUAGACAGUAGACCUUUUUUCUGACACUUGCAACAACCAAAAUCUGCCACGAUCUGAUGUGUGUGACAGUUUGACGGUGGGAUAUCGACGCAGCUGAGUGACGUGGUUCAGUAGCCGACAGUGACUCACGUUUUUUUAAACAUCCUAGCUAUGUUAGCUUGUGGAACUAUUGCGAGAGUUGUCCAUCCGUUCCAUGUUUCACAAGAUUCUUUUUCUUCAUUCAUUUACACAUGGGAAUAAUGUCGAGUUAUUUUUGUACUAAAGUGUGAGGAGGUGUUUCCGAUCAACCGCGAACAGUUACGAUGCUCUGGAGAAAACUCGGAUUGGUAGCGCUUCUGUGGAGAAUAUGGCACUGCUGCUCCGAUAAACUGUUGAUGUGAAGGCACCUUUUUGAGUCUGAACUGCACAGUUUUAGUGAAUGUAACGAAGCUGAGUUGUCCUGUGACGUGACGUACUGAUGCUUUUGUAUCUUUAUUGAUGACUUUACUGGUGGACCAGGGUCGUGGUGAGAGCCAUAAAUACUCACAUGUUGGUGGUCGAUGUUUUACGUUGAAACAAGCUGCAGUGAUAAACUGCU